AUGUUUCAUGAUAAAAUAUAUUCAUGGGAUACCGGUGAAGAUUUUCAUUUAUGUGCAAAUGCACGGAAAUAUGCUAAUAUUAGAAGUUUUGUUAUGCCUGUUGACGAAAAUGAUGAUACUACACAUUCAUUUACAAAAGAUUAUUUUAAUAUUAGUAAUAAAGGAGAUACAACUAGACGAGUACCUGGAGAUUUAUUAAGUAGAGAAUUUAUUAUAGAUCAAUUAUGGUUACAUGGUGAUCGUUUAAUGAAUAGUUAUAAAAUAUCAAAACCAUCAUUAAUAUUAUUUGCAGAAACGCAACAUGAUACUAUGUUAUUGAUAUCACUUAUAAAACAACAGAUGAUACAACUUGGUGGUUUCAUACAUUUUGCAACUUCAAAUAUGUUAAAAACAGAUAUAGAAAUGAUUAAAAUAAAAAAAGAAGUUAAAUCAUUCCAUGAUUUUAUGAUUGGUCGUGAUUUUAAUAUAGAUCCAACACCUAUUACUGCUACAGCUGAAAUUCAUUAUGGAUUUGAUAUGGUUAUGCAAGGUACACAAAGUACAGCAGUAAUUAUUCUGGGUUCUUCAUCCACAAUAAAUAUGUUUGCAUUAGUAUCAGCAGCAUUCUUAAGAAAUAUUCCUAUUAUCAAUAUUUAUAUACAAGAUAAUAUUGUGGAUUUGAAAAGAGCAGAAGUAAUCAUGACAAUGUCUUCAUUUACUAUUCGAACUUUUUCUAAUCAAACAUUGAGUAACUUGCAAUCUCAAGAGUUAAAUAAUCUUCUAGUUCAUCUUUAUAAAUAA